AUGGUUUUUUGGUCUCAAUGGAGUGAGUGGUCACAAUGCGACACAUCUUUUAAAAUAAUUCGAACUCGCCGUUGCAACAAUAGUCAAUGGAUAGAUUGCGGUGGAAGAAGUAGAGAUGAUAAACUAUGUAGUAAUCAAGGUGUUACAAUAAAUGUUAACCAAAAUCAACUACAAGUUGAAUCAUACAAAACAACAGUAAGUAUGCUUGGUUGCAACAAUAUACAAAUGCUUCUUGAUUUUGGUGAUGAAACACCUGUUACAAAUAUUAAAAAUAUCAACGCUUUUACUUUAAAAGAUUGUACUUACACUGAAAUUCAUAGGUAUUCUAGGUGUCAACUAUAUACAAUCACUGCAAACAUAUUUGAUAAUGAUGCAAAUACCACUACUCCGCUAUUCGCUAAUUCCACAAAUGUAAGAGUGUUUUGCAACCUAUCUCUUUUAAAUGUCAUUACAACACCACCAAUGUUCCUUGGCGGAUAUGUUCAAUUAUUUUUAAACAAAAGUAUAACAUUAGACAUCUUUCAAGAGACUGGAUCAAAUAUGAUAUAUUUAAUUGAUUGGGGAGAUGGAAAUUCUACUGUUAAUAAUCAGACUUUAAACUCAAGUCCUGUUUCAUUUCAAGUGCAGCAUAUGUAUAAAACUAUUAACAGUUAUACUAUAUCUGUUACAUGCUGGAAUGGUUUGCAGACUCUCAGUCCACUUUUUUUUCCUAUUAACGUAACAAACUGUUUUGUUCCCGAUGUAAGUUUUUAUUAUGGGACUAUUUACAAUCCAAUGACCAUUAUAAGAAGUGUUGGAAGAGAUUUAACAGCUUUUGUUGAAAGUGUUGGUUCAUUUUGUAAAAAUAUAUCUUUAACUUUUGAAUGGAGUCUCUCUAGUUCUGACUCAAAGCCUAUAGGACCUAAACAAAAAGGUGUACUUUUUCAGCAAAAAGUUAACUACUCAAUUUUAAAAAAUUCACUUGAUUUUGGUAUUUACAUAUUGUCAUUGCAAUGUAAUUUUGGUGAUGCUUCAGCUAUUUAUACUUCAUACUUAAAUGUUAUAUAUUCACCUCUCUAUAUGGAAAUUGAUAAUGGUUUAUUUACAUCUGUUGCAUAUAAAAAGAAAGUUAGAAAUGAAAGUUAUUUUCAAAACUUUAAAGUGAGUGCUAUGUUUAGUUAUGAUCCAGAUGAUCCAACAGUUGGUAUUCAAAAUAUAACUUUUCGAUGGAGGUGCAAAGUUGCUACAAAUUUUACUGAUGCUAAAGUUGCUAUGGAGAACUUGACAGUUUUGAAUAUGACGUUCUCAAGUGACACUUGUUUCAAUGAGUCCUGGACAGAUAUUCCUUCAACUUUUUCAGAAAUUGUUUUUAGUACACAACAGUUUUUAGAAGAAAUUAGUUAUUAUAUUGAAGUUUGUGGAACAAAGUAUGCAGGAAGAGAUGUAUAUUUAAAUGAGUGUUACAAGACAAGUUGUUUCAUUCAAGAAGUUCUUAUUUCUGGAAGUGUUCCAUCUGUUACAAUUAAGUGCAUAUCUAACUGUGAUACUAAACUGAAUUUUAAAGAACGCAUUAUAUAUUCAUUCGACUGUGAAGAUUGUGGCUAUCGAAGAUUGGAAGCUAAUUGGACUAUAGAAGAUGAAACAGGAAAUUUUCCAUCUGAACUUUCUGUUCAAAAUGCUACUUCUACAGGGUUUUUAAUUCCUAGUCUUGUAAUUAAUAAAGAUAUUCUUCUUGAAUCAAAAAACUACACGUUUACUUUGAUGGUUGGUUAUGUAAACUCUGUCAAAAAAGCUAAGUUUAAAUUCAAAAAGUCAACUUGUUCUCAGCCUACUCCAGGAUAUUGCAUUAUUAAACCAAUUGAAGGAUAUGCCUUAAAAACAAAAUUUAUACUUUUUUGUAAUGGAUGGAAAGAUUAUGAUGGGUUGCUAAGCUAUGCUUUUUAUUAUGAUAAUGGUAAAUCAGAACAAAUGAAACUUAGUAGUACAACUUCAAUAAAUUAUCCUAUGUUAAAUGCAGGUACUACUGACCAACCAAGUUUAAUAAACUUUGUAAUGGGUCCAGGUGAUGAGAACAAUGAAUACAAAAUCAGAAUUCUUAUAAAAGUGAUUGGCAAAUACCAAGCUUACACAGAAAACGAUCUAUAUAUUAAGGUGUACCCAAGUAAUGAACCCAUAAAAUUAGAAAGCUUGAUAGCUGAUAUCACUCUAACUGAUACGCAAAGUAUUGCUAAUCUUGUACAAGCAGUUAGCAUUAAUAUAAACAAAAAUGUUGCAAGUCAAUAUAACAUCACUUUGUCAUCUGCUAAUGAAUUAUUUGAUAUUGUUGAUGAAGAUUCUUUGAAACUACUAAAGCAGCAAGAGUUGUUUAAUUUACAAGAAUUACGGACACAAUUACUUAAUUUAAUGAGCAAUACGCAGUUUAGUGAUUUGAAGUCUUUUAAAUCAAUAAGUGAUGCAUUAGUUGUUACAUCACAAAAUCCAUUAGAAAUUGCUCCCCAUGCUCAGAGCCAAGCAGCAUCUAUAGUAGAUAAACUAGCUAGAUUACUUACCAAAAAAAAUCUAAAAGGUCUUGGAGCAGAAAAAUUUGAUACAAUGUCCCAGUCAUUUGUAAAUUCAAUCUCAAACUUAUUGCAACAUACUGUUCCAACACCAUCAUUAAAUAAUUUACAACAAGAUGAACAAAUAGUGUCGACAUUAAUGAAAUCUAUGAAAAAUUAUUUCAUAGCUGCACAGUCAUACAAAGUUGCAGGUGAAAAUAAAACAGUGGGUGAAACAAAACAGUUUAAUUUUGAGUUAAUAAAAGAUGUUUUUAUUGACUUAACAAGCAGAAUCAUUGGUUCAUCUGAAGGUGGUUUUACUUUACCUGAAUCUAAGUAUUUAUUCAAUGAAUCUGUACAAAAUUCACAAAUUUCAAUUCAUAAUGUCAGAAUUAAAGAUGUUGUUUACACAUGGGAUACUUUUCGAUCUCAAGACAUUCGCACAGAAACUCAAAGUCUUUAUUUUUCUGACUCGAAUGGUCUUCCAAUAAAAGUGAGUAACUGCUCACAAUUAAUAAACAUGACAAUAAAAAAUAAACCUGAAAAAAUGAAUGGAGAAAAUAUAUCUUUAUCAAUGCCUAAUGAUGUUUACCAUGUUACACUGUCAGUAGCAUUAAGCUGUAAGAUGCUUCUGCAGUUUAUUUUUAAAAAUGAUGAAAAAAAUUUAACAAAUCUUAUUGUUUAUAUUCAAUAUGGAAAAAAUCCAACAAAACUUGAUUAUGACAUUAAGCUUAAUAUAUCUGUCAAACAGGGUGUUAUCAUGACCAAAAAUAAUAAUGUAAACAGUUCUGCCAUAUUUAAUUUUAACAAUAAGAUGAAUAAAGACUUAACUAGAAUUUCCCAAAGAAAUCAAGAUGUUUUGCUUCUUGCUGAUAAUGCAAUAAUAUUAUGGAAUUUUGACAAUUCAACAUAUUCAUUUUUAAACAAAAGUGAACUUUAUUUAAUGUUUUUGUAUUCUGGCCCAAUGCCAGCCAAAAGGUUAGUAAAGAAUCCAUAUAAUUUUGAUGAAACAGAGUCUUCUGGAAAAUUUGAUUAUGAAAUGAAAUCAUUUUGUGUUGAAUGUAAUUACUGGAAUGAAGAUGCAAAUAGAUGGAUGUCAGAUGGAUGUCAGGUUGAUGUUCAUCACACAAGUUUUUUGAUGACCAAAUGUAGAUGCAAUCAUUUGACAACUUUUGGUGGUUUUUUUGUUGCUCCUAAUCGUUUACCUGCACUUUCUAUAUCAAAAUUAAAACAUGGAUAUGUAUUACUUGUAGCAGUUGCAACAAUAAUUUUAUUAUGGUUGCUUGGACUUUUAAUUACACGAAGAUUAGAUAGACAAGAUAUUUUAAAGAUUGGUGUUUGUCCACUUGCUGAUAAUCGGGAUGAAGAUACUUACUUGUAUCAAAUCAUUGUAAAUACAGGUACUCGGAAAAAUGCUGGCACCAAAUCAAACAUUUUUUUAAAUGUUGCAGGUGAUUUAAAUGAUAGUGGAGUGAGACAUUUAAAAGAUCCAGAAAGAGAAUGUUUCCAAAGAUCAAGCUGUGACAUGUUCAUUAUGGCUACUCAAAGUACUCUUGGUGAUUUAGAUUUUAUUCAUUUAUGGCAUGAUAAUAGUGGUGGAGGAUGGUAUGUAAAAAAUAUUAUAAUCAUUGACCUUCAAACUGAAAAAAAGUUUGUUUUCCUUGGUCAUUGCUGGGUUGCUGUGGAUCGUGGCUUGUGUAAACUUAGUUGCGUUUUACCAGUAGCAUCAUUCAAAGAAACAUCAAGUUAUAUUUUGGUUUUUAAAAACAAAGUACAACUGAAACUGUCUAAUGAACAUUUAUGGUUUUCAAUUUUUUUUCGUUCACCUAGAAGUAGCUUUACUAGAUGCCAAAGGUUAUCUGUUGCAAUAUCUUUAAUACUGACUUCCAUGAUGGUAAACACAAUGUAUUAUCAGCGUAUUCCUCCAGCAGAUCCAGCAGUGGAAAAUAAAAUUGGCAAUUUUACUUUUACAUGGAUACAGGUUUCUGUUAUGUUGAUUUCUACUUGUAUCAAGUUUCCAGUAAAUUUUAUACUUGUGAAAUUAUUCUGUUCAAUAAGACAGUCUCCAAAAAACCAUUCACAUAGUUGCUUAUCAUGUAAUUCAAACAAUGUUGCUCUAAAAGAAUCAUUUUCUUGUGUACAUCUUCUUGAAAACAACAAUCCCCAACCAAGCAAAAGAAAACUGAUCAUUUUUAUUAAAGGAUAUAAAUUGUAUUUUGCGUGGUUUAUUUGUGCUGGAAAUAUUUUAGCUUGUGGGGUUAUCAUUUUAAUGUAUGGAAUGGAAUUUGGAAAUAAAAAAUCUCUGAAUUGGUUAGCAAGUGUCACUAUUGAUUUUAUUAAAGGGAUACUUGUAUUGGAUCCAUUUAAAAUUUUUAUUGUAGUAGUUGUUAUGGUUCUUGUUGUAAAGAAGGUUGAUGAUGAAACAGAAAAUAGCGAAGUUGAGAAACAAGGUAAAAGAUUAGCUUUUGAUGAAGAUUGGCUCCACAAUUCUAAAAACAAAUUAGGCAUUGAUAGUGAUUGCAUUAUAAUGCAACCUCUUGAUUAUUCUACAGUAAAAAAGAUGAGAGAACUUGGAUUAAAGCACCAGAAGAUGCACUCUUUAGUUAAAGAAAUUGUUUUGCAUGUUUUUUAUGCAUGCUUGGUGUUCCUGAUUAGUUAUUUUGCACGUGGUAAUCUCACUUUUUAUCAAACUCGCAAUGUGCAAGAACUUUUCAAUUUGAAAUUGAGGUUGCCAGGAAAUCCAAAGAUUCCAACAUUUCAUAAUAAUGUAUUUAACCAGAUUCAAUCCUCACAAGACUUUUGGGAUUGGGUGAAGGAGUUUUUUUUACCACAAGUUUUUCCUGAACCUUGGUUUAAUUUGAGUAAUUUUUACGCUAAAACGGACAUAAAAGACUUUCCUGGAAAAUUGUUUUUAAAUGAUCUUACCUCAAAAACUGUAAAUGGAAUAAGAAUUAGACAAGUUCGCAUAAAACCAAACUCUUGCACAAAAACCAACUCAAUUGCUAACUUCAUUACUAUAAACUGUUUGUCUCCAUAUAAAACUACAUUAGAGGAAACAAGAAGUUUUGAUUUGAAUUGGACUAUUCCAAAGCAAUAUAACUCUACAACUAAUACUUUGACAAUUCCUUGGAGGUAUCAAACAUGGCAAGAACUUGACGGCUAUCCAUAUACAGCUAGUUUAGACACUUACUAUGGUGGAGGCUAUGUCAUUGAAAUAUUUUCUAAAUGGAAAAACCAGGUUAUACUUGAUCAAGCAAAAAAACACAGAUGGAUUGAUAGGCAAACAAGAGCCAUAAUAAUUGAGUUUGCUUUGUUUAAUGCUGCUACUAAUUAUUUCAACAUGGUUACAAUGGCCUUAGAGUUUCCAGCUUCUGGUGGAGUUAUUCCUACUUUUUCUGUUCUAACAUUUAAUUUGUAUGCAUCAGUAACUGAAUCAAAGGUUUUAUUGGGUUCUCAUGUUCUAUUUUUUGUGUUGACUUUAUUGUUUACUAUUCGAGAAUCCUGUUUUUUAUAUCGAGCUGGUUGUAAAUACUUUGUAGAGUUUUGGAACUUAGUGGAAGUUGCAUUGAUAAUACUUUAUUUUAUUGCUGUGGCACUAUUCUUUUAUAAAGAUUAUCUGGCAAAACUUUUAUUGAAGCAGCUUCCAGAUAAAAAACCACAGGUGUUUAUUAACUUCCAGUUUGCAUCUUACUGUGAUAUGAUAUAUGUAUGCAUUGUUUCUCUAAUAGUUUUCCUUGUGACUUUAAAGUUCAUUAAACUUUUGCAGUUCAAUCAUAAAGUUUUAAUGAUAUCUUAUACUUUAAAAGCUGCUUGGUAUCCUUUAUCAAUGUUUGGAAUUGUCUUUUUUAUUGUUUUAUGUUCAUUUGUUAUCUUUUCUAAUAUUGCCUUUGGUGCAUUAUUGGGUGAAUACAAGACGUACUUUGAAGCAAUAGUUUCUACUGUUUCAUUAUUAUUGGGAAAAUUCAGUUUUAAACAAUAUGUGCAUGCUAAUAUUUUUCUUGGGCCAAUAUUUUUUUUUGGUUUUAAUGUUGUAGUAAUUUGGAUCAUAAUGAACAUUUCCAUAUCCAUUUUAAAUGAUGCUUUUAGCAGUGUUCGUGCAAAUCCUGAGUGCCAGAUCAAUGAUUAUGAGAUAAUUGAUUUUAUAUUGGAAUACUUUAAAGGUUUGUUUAAACAUAGACAGAAAAAGCUGCAGACACCAAUACGAACUCAGUCAGAAACAAAGUACCCUAUAAGUAAAACCAUACGGGUUGCAGAGUAUGAUGGAGGGUGUAUAAGAAAACACGGUGGCAAGUACUUAUCAGAAUACAAUAGAGAAUGUUCUCGAGUUACUUUAGAAAAAACGUUUAAUAACGUAAAUAGCAUGGAAAAUAAAGAGUUAUAUGCUGUUGAAUCGAAGAACCCACCAAUCAAAGAUUUGUUUUCGAAAUUCGAUUACUUAUUGAAUGAGAGUAAACUCGAUUAUGAUGUAAGCGAAACAAUUGAUCAAAUAUUUGAUAAAGAUUCAUUUAAAAAGUUUAUUAAUUGUAUAAAGGUUUCCAAUUACAAUAAUGUCAGAAAAGCCAAACUUAAAAGAAAGAAUGAAGUUAUUAUAAUGGACGUAGAAGAAGAAGUGUAUUAAUAUUUUAUUAUUUUUAAAAUUUUUAUGUUUAUAUUAUCUUAUUUAAUAAAAAAAUUAACAAAAGAAAACUUAAAUUAAAAAAAUGUUGACAACUGAAAUUGUUUGAUAAUUGAGUUAAAAUAAAUUUAAAAAGUUUUAGAAUUUGUUGAUUGUUAUUAAAAGCUCUAGAUUUGCUUUGUUAAUUAUGAAAAGCACGUUUUAAUUAUUGGUUAAUUAUAUAGUUUAGUAUUUACGCACCUAUAGUAGAAACUAUGAGAGACAAAUGUUAAAAAUUGUUAAAUAUUAAUCUUAACUUGAUUAAGUGGUAAUCAAUGUGACUAUAUAAUUAGUUGUUAUUAUUUCUCUGUAAUUUCUUGUUUUUAGUAAAACUGUUAAUUUAUUAAAA